CGGGUAGUGUCUUCACAUUCACAUGGGUAUUUGGGGACAUAAUUGGCCAUCAUAUGUUUUCAUUUUUCAUGUCCGGUCCUCGACUUAAGCCUCGUGGCCCGUAUCAAGUCCCCUGGACAACCCUCCGUAGGCCGUAUGAAUGUUGUCUGUCAUAUCCCAGGCUUCACCAUAUCUCCACGUAUGUAUGUAUCUUUCUCACGUGCAACCCCUGUACGUUACCCCAAAUUACCCCCGGCUUCUGGACUCCUCCGGAGUCUGGAAUCUGGAGUCCCCAGAUAGGUCCACUUGCACACCUCGGACGACAUCGACUUGAGCCUCGAGCCGCGGUCCAGGGACAGGGCAAUGAAACUGGGACUGGGACCUACUGGGACUGGAUGGCGAGGGGGAGGCAAAUCGGAACCGGCAAAACUGUUAUUAGCCGUCGCCGCGCUAUAUCCUAUCUUCAACUUCCAGUCCUAACAAGGACCUCGGUACGUGCCCAUGACACCUUCCUUUUCCGCAAGGACAGAUUGUGGUAUGCAGAUAUGAAGUUGCAGACCGACCGGCCAUGCAGGGACGAUUCCCCGUGGGGUUGUACAUACUGGAGUUGUCGCGGUUGUUCGAUACAGGCAGCCAUUUGUGGGUAAUUGUCAAAGAGGCUUGUUGUUGAUGUUGUUUGUUGGUGGCACGGGUAGGGCAGAACGGCCCAACGAACGAACGCGAAGGACUGAAUCGAUGUUGCCAUCAGUAUUAUGUGCGCCGGGUUGAGUGGUUCAUAUCUAGUUUUGAAUGGUGUCGUUGUUUCACACGUGUUUGCGCAGCUGACGGACGCAGGGGUUGAUUCCAUGGUUGGUUGGUUGGCUGGUUGGUGUUUGGGAAGUGCUUGCUGAUGUUCGUGGUUGGUGGUUGAGAUCGAUG